CCUCUCCUGCCGCUCGACAGAGAGCCGCGAGGAGGCGCCCUCGGGUCUCGCGAGAAGUCGGCCGACGCCGAGCCGAAGACUCAGGCGCAUGCGCAGGAGCUAACAGGCCCGGAGUUGAGGCGGGACUCGGGCGACGUCCGCGAGGGAGGCAAAGAGAGCUAUGCAAGCAUUGCCUCGCCCACCGCAGGAAUCCAGAGGGGUGGCUGGCCGGAAAGAGUGCCCUGAAGAUGCGCGGGAGGCUGACCUUUUCUCAGAUGCUGCUGGCAAUGUUGCUUGGGGUUGCUGGAGGCGUCUACAUCUAUAAGCCGCUCUUCGAACCCCCCCUCCAGAAGCAGAAUGGGUCAAAAGACAAGCUGCAGGAGACAGAAGGAAGGCAGAGAUAGGGUGGACCGAGCCGGGUGGCCGCCGAUGGCUUUGAAGGAGGUUCAGGUGGAGCAGCUGAAGCCAGAUUCCAGUGACAGAAAUGAUGGCCAAGAAGAAUAAACACUGGUGGUUUAGCACCGUUGUCGUUUAGAGAUGGAUUCCCCAUUGUCUGGAGUGCAUUUUCUUUUUCUUUUUUAAAUGUAUUAAUGCGAUGCAGUUCUGAAAAUCCCGGCACGAGAGGGACUAAUGCUCCAUCCCAAUAGGAAGCGGCUUCAGUUGUCCCAAAGAUCUCAGGGCGGAUUCCAGUUCUGGGGUGAUAGCUUCGCUCAGAUAGCGGUGCAAAGACUCUGCACUUUUCCACAGAUAGGUGAGAGGGUUUGUCUUUCUACCAUUUUCUUUCCCAGUUGUAGUAAGGCCCUUUCAGAAAGCAAAGCUGAAGAGAGUUUAGACUCUGCCUGAGAUGGGCAUAGAGUGGAGGACAUGCAGACAGAAACCAAAGGUGACUCUGGGCCAGCCAUGUCUCUCUCAUCCUAACCUACCUCACAGGGUUGUUGUGAGGAUAAACAUAACCAUGUAUUCUGAGCUCCUCGGAGGAAAAGCGGGAUAUAAAUGUUAAAAAAUAAAAUAAAUAAAGGUGUUAGUACUU